AUGGUUAGCGACUCUGUAUCACGCGAGAUGGACCUGGAAAAGGGCCCAACACAGGCCAGCUACGAGGAGGCCGUGCCCGGCGCGCGCGGCGGCGCGCGCGGCGGGCUCGACGCCCGCGACGCGCUGAGCGGACGGCUCGUCCACGCGGUGUCCGUGGACGGCGACUUCGUCCACCUGGGCGACCGCACAUACCGGCGCGCGGAGCUCGCGAACGCGUUCGCGGGCGAGCUGAACCCGGGCAUCCACCCGCGCCCUCCCACGAACCUCGCGAACCCGGUGCCCCUGGGGCUCGCGUCUUUCUCGUACUGCGCUCUCGUGCUGUCGCUGCUCAACGCGCAGGUCCGCGGGGUAACGAACGGCAACAUCGUCAUCACCGCGAGCCUGUUCUUCGGCGGGUGCAUCGAGCUGUUCGCCGGGCUGCUGUGCUACCCGAUCGGCAACACGUACGCAAUGACCGUGUUCGGAUCGUUCGGCGGCUUCUGGAUCAGCUACGGCGCGCUGGUAAUGGACCAGUUCGGGAUCCUGGCGUCGUACGCGGACGAACCGGAGAUGAUGGCGAACGCGAUGGGCUUUUUCCUGGCUGGCUGGACCGUCUUCACAUUCCUCAUGCUCAUGUGUACGCUCAAGAGUACCUGGGGCCUGUUCCUGUUGUUCUUCUUCCUUGAACUGACCUUCCUGAUGUUGACCAUCGGCGCUUUCGUUUCGAGCGAGAAUGUCACUAAGGCGGCAGGCUAUUUCGGCAUCCUCAGCAGUGUAUGCGGCUGGUAUUCUCUGUACAGCGGUAUCGCGGACCCCAGCAACAGUUAUUUCCCUAUCCGGGCGUACUAUAUGCCCAACGCCCCUACAGUCUAG